UCCUGUAUCAGAACAGAAGACAACAUGAACAGCCCGUACCGCUCUGGGUUAUCCGCCCUGUCCCUGUACUCUCUGCCCACAAUGACAGGCUCCAAGCGGGGUACAAGCGUCUAUGGCGGUGCAGGUGGGGAAAACGUCCGGGUGUCCUACGCCUCCAACGGUCUUAGGUCUGGCUUUGACCUGGCAGACGCGGUGAACGGUGCCGGAGGUAACGUGAACAGUUCAGGCAGCGAGAAAGUGACCAUGCAGAACCUAAACGACCGCCUGGCCGCCUACCUGGGAAAAGUGCGCUCUCUGGAGUCCGCUAAUGCGCAGCUGGAGCGUCAGAUCCGCGAGUGGUACGAGAAGCAGACCCCCACCACCAGGGACUACAGCAAGUAUGAGGCAAUCAUCAACGACCUGCGCAAAAAGAUCAGUGUUGCCUCACAGGACAAUGCCAGGCUGAUGUUACAGAUUGACAACGCCAGACUGGCAUCAGAGGACUUCAGAAUAAAGUUUGAGAAUGAGAUGGCAAUGCGCACGUCAGUGGAGUCGGACAUCUCCGGACUGCGCAGGGUUUUGGAUGACCUGACCACAGCCCGGUCUAGCCUGGAGAUGCAGGUGGAGGGCCUGAAGGAGGAGCUGGUCUACCUGAAGAAGAACCAUGCAGAGGAGCUUGCAGGCUUGCGUGGCCAAGUUAAGGCCAGCUCUGUGAACGUGGAGGUAGACGGCGGGCCUCAGGAGAACAUAACCAAGAUGCUGGAGGAGAUCAGGUCUCAGUACGAGGGUAUCGCUGACAAGAACCGCCGCGAAAUGGAGGCCUGGUACAAGGUCAAGUUUGACGACCUGAACAAGCAAGUGGCAUCCAGCACAGAGACCCUCCAGACCUCCCGAAGUCAGAUCAACGAUCUCAAGAGGACCCUGCAGGCCCUGCAGAUUGAGCUACAGUCCCAGCACAGCCUGAAAUCUGCCUUGGAGGGCCAACUGGCAGAGACAGAGUCACGCUACAGCCAGCAGCUGAACCAGCUCCAGGCCAUGGUCAACUCCCUGGAGGGCGAGCUCAGUCGGGUGAGGGUGGACAUCGAGAGGCAGGGCACAGACUACCAGGUGCUGCUUGACAUUAAGACCAGGCUGGAGCUGGAGAUCGCUGAGUACAGAAGACUGCUGGAUGGAGAGGAUCAAACCAAAACUAUUUCCAAAACUGUUCAAAAGACCGAAGUCAAGACCGAAGUCAAGACUGAAGUCAAACCUCAACCAGUUAUAACGCAGAGGAGGAGGGUGGUGAUUGAGGAAAUUGUUGAUGGAAAAGUGGUGUCCCGCACAGAAGAUGUAGACUCAGAGGUCAUCAAGAAGUAGACAGACUGCAUCCCAACAUAUCUGGGUUCAACAAAAGGAGGGGGGGAAUUUGCUUCAAGAGGCCCUUCUGUAUUUUUUCUGUUUCUGACACCUAUCUUAUAUUUUCCAAAUAUUUGUGCAGUGCUGAUGGACUUUGUUGCCAGAAAAUAUUGGUUCUGAUCUAUUGCUAUUUUUUUAAGAGCCAAUAAUUGAAAAUGUGAAUGUGAAAGCAUUGGUGGGAAAACAGACUAUAUACUGUGUCUGAAUUACAUUUAUUUUUCUGUCACCACCAUUUAUCUAAAACCCACUGAAAACAGUUAUACCAACUGUCCUCCAAUCUGCCUCCUGAAGAACAAAAUUAGGAUGGCACUGUGAGAAAGGAAAUGUGGCCAGUAUGAAAAGCAAUAGAAAAUAUUUGUGCAUAGUGAUGUUUUUCUCAUGUUAACAAUGGUAAAAAUGUUUCAUGUAGCAUUUUUUUAGAAAUUUUAUCAAAUUAAAUGUUGUCCUAGUAAAAUUACCAAAGGAAAUCAGUCCAUUGUCAAAAGGAUUGGCAGUCUCUGUGAUGCAAAGUAUUUAUCUAAAUUAAGACCACACUUCCCAUAAAUCUUCCUGUAUUCUGUUGUGAUAGGGAUCUUUGACUUUUAAUUUAAAUUUCUCAAGGGAAUAAACAUCUGAACUCCA